CGCACCCCGCCAUUCUAGUUCUACGAUAUUUCGGCGAUGAACAAGCAUUAAAACUAUGUUUAAAUUCACUACCGGCUAUCCAGCAAGAGUGCCGCAAUGAAUUUUGCUCCAUUCACGGGACACAUCCCGUCCGGGACCGCGUUGCCCACCAUCCAGCAGUUCGCGGCGAAGUUCGGCUACGAGAGCAGCGGCUCGGCGGCGGGCGGCGUAGCCCCGGAGCCGCGCUACCAGGCACCAGCCGGAGGCGUGCAGUUUGCGGUGGCGCCCGCCGCCGGCCUGCCCGUCGACGGCAUGAAGUUCCGCCAGGGUGAUAGCGUUGUCGUCAUGAGCACACCGCAGCAGGGCGCUGUCACCCUCACUGGCAUCGGCACCAUGCCGGCUGGAGUGAAGUACCAGACGAUCACGUCAUCGUCCACAGUGAACGUGGGCAACAUAGCGUACGGCGCGCAGUACGUGCCGGCCGACAGCGAGCCGCUCAAGGGCGAGCGCGACAAACGGGACUUCCGCGACGACCUGCAGCAUGACAUCAUGGCCACUAUGAUGCAGCAGCAGGUUGACUGUAGUGCGAUGUCGGCAGUGACGCAGGCGCCGCUGCAGCAGGGCACGCAGCAGCUGCUGGUGGUGCUGCACGAGCCCAAGGAGGCCGCGGCGCUGGCCCGCGCACUCAAGCAGGACGGCCGGCAGGAGCGCACGGUCACUGCGCCCGCUGAAUUCAUUAGUAUAGGCGACGUCGGCGACGGCACCACGUGGCAGACGAUCGGCAGCGGCGUGGCGGACUACCUGGCCGCGCUGCCGCUGCCGCUGCACCACCUGCUCAAGUACUCCACCGGCUCCGACAAGCGGGACGAUCAGCCCACCAUCGUUGCUACUGCCUCACCCACUAUCGCUACGUUGGCGCAGAUUUCGCCGAAUAACGAAAACAGCGUCGUAGUACAGAACACGACGAUAGCUAUAAACGCAUCCGUAAGCACGCACACGCAAGGCACCAACACCAACGAGGCGCCGAUUAUUACCAAUACGUUGUACUAUAGCAAUGGCAGAAAGAAGAAGAAAAAGAAGGAAGUAACAACCAAAAAACCACGACCCAAGCCAGGGGAAAUACGGAUUACAACUGCUUUAGAUGGCAGCACAUUAUACUGCUGUCCCGAAUGUCACAUGGCGUACCCAGAGAGAGAUCUGGUCGACCAACAUCUUGUGGGACAUACCAUGGAAAGAAAGUUCAUCUGCGACAUCUGCAACGCGGCGCUGAAGCGCAAGGAUCAUCUGACGCGGCACAAGCAGUCGCACAACGCGGAGCGGCCGCACGUGUGCUCCGUGUGCCUCAAGGCGUUCAAGCGCAAGGAGCAGCUCACUCUGCACUUCAUCAUCCACUCGGGCGAGAAGCGGCACGUGUGCAACGAGUGCGGCAAAGGCUUCUACCGCAAGGACCACUUGCGCAAGCACACGCGCUCGCACAUCGCGCGCCGCGUCAAGGCCGAGCUGUCGCAGGAAACCACUACGCCGCCUCUCUCGCAGGUGGCCCCAGCCCCAGCGCUAGAGCCCUCCUGACAAGUUGCCAUUGACGACUUCUGAACGGAGUAGACGAGGAAGCCAACAAAGGACAUAUUGUUAUUUAUGUAAAUUAUAAUCAACACGGAUGGCAGAAAAAAGCCUUUAUCUCGUCAUUUGUGUAACAUUUGAUUUCAUUUAAAAACUUUGUUUUAUCUUUAAAAAUGGACAAAAAUUAAUUAAGUUAUUUUUUUUUAAGAAAAAAAAAUAUUAAUAAAAAAAACUUUAAAAUUGUUGAAAUGUUUCAAAAUUAUAAUGAGAAUGUUAUCAUUUUUCUGUUGUUGUUCAUACUAAAUAAAUUGAUGUCAUUUUCAAAAUUGGAACAUCAGAUUGGUGGGGAAAAUUGUUUUCUGUGAUGUUAUUACUUAGAACGUUUUGUAGAAAAUUUAAAUUCAUCUGUUUAUUAUUAUAUAUGUUUUCGAAAUUAACGUAAUACUAAUUUCGAAAUAAGUUCAUUUAUUUGAAUGAUAAUAUCCAAGCAAUAAUGAAAAUAAUUGAUGGGUGAUAAUAUAUCUGUAAGAAACGGAAGAAAAAUAAUAGUACAAAGCCUUUUGAACAUACUCGCAUAGAUGUGUACGCAGUAAGUCAAGUACAAUACUCAACUAAGCUUGUGAAAUACACUUUCAAUGCCAAAAGUUUACUAGAAACUGAAUUAGAAGCUAGAUUUUUCUUCAACUCCAUUUACGAGGUACCUGUUAAUUAUAUUGUAUAGAGAUUUGAACAAAUAACAGGUCAUUGAACAGUGAAACAGGAGUUUAUCUCGGUAUUUCUAUUGAACCGUUACAUGAACAACUUUUUAGCGAAUUUAUACCAUCAGCAGUAUGUGGUGUCUUAUGAAAUAUUUGAGUCAGUUUAAAAUGGUUCACUGUUCAAUUGUUU